AUGCUGCGCUGCGCUCCGUAUUACUAUAUGGAUCAGAAACCUGGCCGCUGUGCGCCGAGGACGUCAAAAAAACUUUCAGUGUUUGACCAUCGAUGUCUUCGGAUCAUUGCCCGAAUCUGGUGGGAACACCGGAUCAGCAAUGCCAAAGUACGUCGAAUGGUAUUCGGGAGAAAUAACUCACCCUCGAUAGAUGAACUGAUCACACUGCAUAGAUUGCGCUGGAUUGGCCACGUGUUGCGUAUGCCAGUCGACCGACUUCCUCGAAGGACUCUUUUCGCACAACCACAUAAUCAUUCGGUUUCCGCAUUCGUUCUUUUUAUGACCACUGUUACGGCGACUUCCGCCUGCUACUGGUCUGACGGUGACUUUUGUGUAUACAAAUGCGCUAGCACAAAUGCCUAUGCCCUCGGAUUUCUGAAAACACUUGAUGUGAACAACCGUCAGUGUACCGUCGUUUCGUGUGCCUCUGGUGUGGAACGGCAGCUAUCAUCAGACGACUUGUUGGCACUCACCCCAGACACAAUCAAGUUGGUCACAGACCCGAAUCUGCACAAACUAUCGUUGGAUCAAAGACUUGACUCGACUUAUUUUACCCAGAAGCUUGGAAAAAUGACGUCCGCCAUGGCAGGAAAGAUCGCGUUUGUACAAGACUACCCGCUUGGACGCACAAAUUUUCUUUCAUACUAUCAACAUGACAUUGAAUUGGUCGGACACGAAAGAAAGAAAGCGUUCAGCUGUAGCACCCUUCCGGUGCCUAGCUGCCAUGCCACCCGAAGUAAGCACGAGGGCUGGGAUACUGCCACGUUGCCCAAGCCUAGACAGGGGAAGUCGAGUGGCGGGGGUCGGAUUCGAACCACGGACCUUCCGCUAUCGAAAAAACUUGCAAAAUCAAAACCACCAGAGCCUGCCAAAGUAGUACCGUCCACUAGUUGGACUGUGGGCCAGAUGUGCAUCUGUAUGUGGUCCGAGGAUGAGGGCUACUACUUCGGUACAAUCCAAGAAGCUCGCCCAGAAGAAGAUCAAUACAUCGUCAGCUUCUGUUACUAUAACAAUACCGAGCUGAAACGAGCAGCCGAUCUGCAUGAGUUGGGCUCGGAUUUCGAGCUUCUCGUGGAAGAUGAGUACAACAAAACAGCUGCCGGGAGAUUGCGGAAGCGUCCGACGUUCCAUCGGAAAGCCGAACAGGUGAUGACAGAUGAUGUAGAACAAACGACAAACGAGUACGCCGCUCUGAUGACUUUGGCUCCUGAUGGUUCUGCCGCCACCAACACAGCCAUCCCCGUUUCCAAAGUCGACUACCCUCAGCCGGCGACGGUUUCUCAAAAACCUACGACCCGACUAAUACCUGGCCUGGCUUCAUCGUUUGGAGAUCAACAACCGACGUUUACCGCCCCACCGACUGGAUCGUUUCCUCCGUCUUUUCCCAACCUCGCCACCUUGAAACAUUGCAACGAGGUCCAGGAUACGGGUCAGGCACCUUGGCAAGCACUACUAAUCAGCUGGUUCAUGUGCGGCUAUCAUACUGGCUAUUUUGAGGCACUUCAAUCAGCAGCAAAACGCUGAAUCUGCACUCUUCGGUUUGAGAUCCUCACCCCUCCUUUAUUUUCACGCGUUUAUGCCGUCACCCGUAUGUCUCCACCUGCUUUCCAGUCUGAGUACUGUGCCGAAUUCAAACUCGAUUGUUUUGCUUCACUGCCCAAUCGAUUUAUGUACGAUAUGAAAAUUGCCUUUCUACCUUUUUUG